GGGCAGUUUAGGGUUUCAGAAAAAAUGAGGGAAGCCCAGGGUGCUCAAGGUUGGCGAGGGCUUAAUUUAAUAUUAAGAUUCAACAGAAUUUAGAAGGAUGUGCCAAAAAGCUAUGGUUUUGGGAGAUUACCUGUACUUUUUCGGUUGAGGGAAUAGUUGCAGGUGCAGUUCAGAGAAGGGAGAAAAAGAAAGAACCAUAGCCAUAAACAGAAGAAGAGAAGAUUGAAUAUUGAGAGAUGAAAAUAGAAGGUUGAAUACAGCGAAGCAGAUGUUUAUGCAGACCCACCCACAAGCAUAUAUGUGUUUAUAAUAUGAAAAAGAUAGAGAGAGAAAGUGGUUGUUACAGCAAAAAAGUUGGUCUUUGAUUUUUCAUUGGAUAAUUUUGUCCACUGUUGUCGUGUGUGUGUGCCCAUUAGCAGUUUUUUUGUCUUUCUCCUGCUUUCUUCUCUUCUCUUCUUCCUUUUAUCAUACCAUCUCUCUUCUUCUCUCUUCUGUAUUUUUAUUGUAUUGUAUAUAUAAUUAUUUUGCUUCAAAGGGUUUUUUUUCUUCUCUUUCCACCACCCUCAACAGUAAUGAUUUCUCGUUCGGGGUAUCGUUGUUGAGGAAUCUGAGGAGUUGUGCUUGUGAAAAAGUGGCAGUUAUAACAAUUGAAAAACAACAACCAGAACAAGGUUAUUCCAAACAAAUACAAAUAUAAGCUGCACAAGUGCUUGAGCCGGAAAGAGUGCUUCUGAUUGAUUGAUGCGAUCAUCAUCAGACAAGCGCUUCUUUUAAUCAUUAUUUUUUUCCGUUUGUUUCUCUAUAUUUGGCUUCUUGGGUCUGUUGGUUUUGUCCAGCUUCUGGGUUUCUUUUCCUUUUCUUUUCAUCUUCUUUUCGGGUUUUAUUUGGGCUCUUUUUGAAUUGUUUUCUUCUGAGUUUUAUUGCCAUCUCUCAACCACGACAAUUUCAGAUGGUGGGUGGUAACAAUACCGGAGAAUACAAUGACACUACUUUUACAAAAAUCUUUGUUGGAGGUUUGGCUUGGGAGACUCAAAGAGAUACCAUGAGACGUUAUUUUGAGCAGUUCGGAGAGAUACUUGAGGCUGUUGUUAUCACAGACAAGAACACCGGGAGAUCCAAGGGUUAUGGCUUUGUCACAUUUAAGGAUCCAGAGGCUGCCAUGAGAGCAUGUCAAAACCCAUCACCGGUCAUUGAUGGAAGGAGGGCAAACUGCAAUCUUGCUUCCCUCGGUGCACACAAGACUCACCCACCAACUCCUCAACAUGGUUCUGGGCCAUCUAGACCAACAUCUGGAUUGGCAGCUGCGGCUUCUUACCGAGGCUUCUCCUCAGCAUACAUCCAUCAACCUACCAAUCAGUACACCUUUCCUUAUUCAGCUUAUGGGUUUGCUGGAUAUUCACAAGACACCAUGUACCCUUUGAACCACUACAAUCUUUAUGGCGGUCAACAAUUCUCACCUUACUUUACAGCUGGGGCAUCAGGAACUCCAGGAAUGUUCCAAAAUAUGUAUCCGUUUUAUGCUCAAUAUGCACAGAGUAGUCAAGCUCAAGGGUUUGGAGUUCAAUAUCCCCAAAUGUUGCAGUACCCAUAUUUGCCUCAGCAUUAUGGUACAACUGGAAUCCUGUCACUCCUUCUUCUAUGCCGCUGACAACUUCUAGCACAGGUGUAACUACAACAACGAUAGGGGUGACUGGGGCGCUGACUGCAACAGGAACAGGUGCUUCACAAGCAUCUGCAACAGCUUCCGAACAAAAUUCAUCCACCUAAUUGAUGUUGAGAAAUAUAAUGUCGUCUUUAAAGACUGACAAGAUUUGGAUAAAAGGUGAUAAGAGUCUGAGCUAGAGGGAAAAAGAAAUGAAUAAGAACAAACAUUGUUAAAGUCACUCAUUCAGGAAAAGGAUGCCUUAGCAUAAAAAGAGAAGGAAUCCAAGAAUCAAGCAUCAGAAAGUUCAUUCAAGGAACCAACAUAUUUGAGAUAAAAAGGCAUCACCAGCUCCACUAACUUCCUUCGAUUCAAACCCCAUCCAUGCCCAACAUUAUUGUCUUUGUCAUCCUGUCAUCUUCAUAAUACAUGUCUCAUUUUAUUAGGACAAUAGGGAGUCUUAGUAGUUGUUAGAGUAGAAGAAGAUCAUAUUCAUUUAUGUACUAUUUUCAUAAGGUAGAAGCUAAAUAUUGGCUUUAGAUUCUACCUAGGAUACCAAUUUUCAGAUGGGUAUGCCUCGAUUGCAUACAGCAUCUGAAAACGUAACUCUUUGUUAAUAUUUCAAGUUAUUGGUUCAAAAGAUUGAUUUUGUAUCUUUGAACCAAGAUUGAUUGAUUGGUGGGCGAGCUUGGAUAGCUUGGCAACUAACUUGUAAUAUC